AAGUAAAAACAGAAGAAGAAAACGACAAUAUAACCUAAUUUUUCGAUUUUUAGGUUGAUCGGUUAAUCGUUUUAAUCGUAAAUUAAUAAUUACUUAUUAAAUUUAAUUUAAAAAUAUAGCAUGAAAAGAGUUUUAUAAACCAACACAACUACCAAUGGCUGAUAAUGAGGCUGGUUCCUCAAACCAACGAAGUACCCGUAUAAAACAAACUAAUUUGGAAUGUAAGAAUCUCUAUGAUUAUUUAAAAUCUCGGUCGCCAAAUAUAUUAGAGAGACUAUAUAAUCAUCCUACGAUAUGCCUAGCGGUCUACAGGGAAUUGCCUGAUUUAGCAAGACAGUUUGUAAUUAGAUUACUAUUUGUAGAACAACCAGUACCUCAAGCAGUUGUAGCUUCGUGGGGAUCUCAAAUUUUCGCCAAAGAACAUAAUUAUGCAACUAAAGUGUUAGCAGAAUUAAAUUUAUGGCAAGAAGCGGCAAUUCCUGGCGGUCUUUUGGGUUGGAUUUUAUCUCCAACUUUUAAAAGGAAUCUUAAAGUUGCUUUACUUGGAGGUGGAAAAGCAUGGAGUAUGUCAUCUGCACUGGAAACAGAUAGCAAAGCUAGAGAUGUUGCCUUUUUAGAUACUUAUUCUCAAGAAAGAUGGGAAUGUGUUUUACAUUAUAUGGUUGGAUCUCAACAACAAGAAGGUAUAUCUGCAGAUGCUGUAAGAAUAUUACUCCACGCUGGUCUUAUGAAGAGAGAUGAAGAUGAUGGAACGCUUGUGAUAACCAGACAAGGUUUCCAAUUUUUACUUUUAGAUAGACAAGCUCAAGUGUGGCAUUUUCUACUUCAGUAUUUGGACACUGUCGAAGAGAGGGGAUUAGAUUUAGUGGAGUGUCUUACUUUUCUAUUUCAACUUAGUUUUAGUACUUUAGGGAAAGAUUACAGUACGGAAGGAAUGAGUCCAGGUUUAUUAGUGUUCUUACAACAUCUCAGGGAAUUUGGUUUAGUGUAUCAACGAAAAAGGAAAGCCGGUAGGUUUUAUCCAACUAGGUUAGCACUAAAUAUAACUAAUAGUCAAAACAAAGUAACUACUGAUAUAGAAGAGGACGUACCGAAGGGAUAUAUAGUAGUUGAGACAAAUUAUAGAGUAUAUGCAUAUACUGAUUCUAAUCUACAAGUUGCCUUGAUUGGUUUAUUUACUGAACUUAUGUACCGAUUCCCAAAUUUAGUUGUCGGUGUCAUAACAAGAGAUUCAAUAAGGCAAGCUUUAAGAGGUGGAAUAACUGCAGAUCAAAUUAUAGGAUUUUUAAAGCAACAUGCUCAUCCUAAAAUGUUGGAUACUGAAGCUAAACAACCGCUACCUCCAACAGUCGUCGAUCAAAUCAAAUUGUGGGAACUGGAAAGAAAUAGAUUAACUUAUACUGAAGGUGUUCUAUACAGUCAGUUUUUGUCUCAAGCUGAUUUUAAUGUUCUUAAAGAGUACACUGAAAGUAAUGGUGUAUUGAUUUGGUGUAAUAAAGAAAAAAGGACUUUGGUUAUUAAUAAAUCGGCGCAUGAUGAUGUUAAAAAGUUUUGGAAAAGGUAUUCGAAAAGCAAUUAGUUAUAAGUCUUUAUUAAGAUUUAUAUAUUUGUAAAAAUAAUUAAUAAAUUUUUACUUUUGAA